CUUACCUUUGUAGUACGUAGAGAAAUGUGGUUUAGGUUUUUUAUGUUUGUCGUGAUUCGACGCAACUGAGGUGACGCACAUGCAAGAACUAUCACCGCUAUUGUGCUAUUGUGAUGAAGUGGAAGGCGCGGUUCUUGGCAAUAAAGCGAUUGAUGUAAGAUCCUGUGACUCGUACCUAUCGGUAGUAUCACUAUCCGGGAAUAAAGUUGAGCUACCAUGAUUAUCUUCCACUGCUUAGCUGCUUCUGUUGAUCUUGUUGCGAAUGACUCUCCUCGCAGAUCAUGACAGAAGCAGGUUGGUCUUGAACCAAGAAACGGUAGCGGCUGGUCCCCGGUGUGCAGAGGCCUACGACCACCCCGACCUGCUCCGUGAAGGCCGCCUUUGGUAGCGCGACCUUGUGGUUGUGUGGGCCUCUUGUUGCCCGCCUCUGGUUGCAGACUGCCGGAGCGAAUUUUCAGGUCACAUAGUUGUACAACUUACUACGAAAAUGUCUUCGCACCUUUCGGUCUCGACGCCUGGGGAUCAUCACGACCCCACGUCGUCUGCCGAGAUGACACCGCGGCGCACGAGCUUCUUGGAAAAAACGGCUUCGUCACGCGCCAGCGUGUCCGGCGCGGUCGCGUCUAGUUUGGGACUCGGGCCGCAGAAAGAGGAAACGGUCGCGGACUACCUGGAACACAAAGAUCCGUUACCCUCAAGGUUGUCAAGAAGUGUGCGGGAAUCUGUCGGUUGGCUGAAGCCAAAAGAAACGCACGGGCGAAAUAUGCGACCAAGGAUAUCGUCUCAGUUCAACGAGAAGGAGCCGCUCCCCUACAAGGAGGACAAUCGGAUUCGCACGCAGCGCUUUUCGAGCUACAUCGCUCUGUGGCUGCCGCAUUCGGUGUAUUUCCAGUUUCGACGGUCCGCGAACAUCUACUUCGCAAUCAUCUGUGUUUUGCAGAUGAUGCCAUUCUCCCCGAAGAUGCCGGCGCCAACAGUAACGAUAGAUUUCGAUUUUAGAAAGUAGAUACAACACAGAGGUAUUAGCUGUACUACGUACAUGACUUUGUCACCCAGGCUUUCUUCACUUCUGAAAGCAAAGCGAAACCACCACCAGGUACUCACGUUUCUUUUCGUGCUCUGUUGGACCGCGGCUAAAGAUCGAUACGAAGACUACCAGCGUGAAAAGUCCGACAAGAAGGAGAAUGAGCGACAAACCGAGGUACUGCAAAAGAACGGAACCUGGAAAUUGAUGGCGUGGGCGGAGGUGAAAGCGCACGAUAUCGUGAAAGUGAAAAAGGACGAGGGCGUGCCCGUCGAUUUGGUGCUGAUGUCCACCUCCCAUGGUGGCGGGCACUGCUACAUUGACACCAAAAAUCUGGACGGCGAAACAAAUCUGAAGUUGAAGCUCGCGCCACCAGACUUAGCAGAAAUGACGGAGACGAGCCACGACCUGCAAAAAUUGGCGGUGCGCGGUUAGUUUUGAGUUCAGUUUCAUUGCGGUGCGUUGUUUCUCUUCUUUAAAGCAAGGAAAAAAACGCAAAUUGCCAUUUCGUUUUUUGACACGACUACUCGUAGUUAGAAGUCGUAUUUUUUUGUUUCUGUGUAGCGCUCACUCAACUCUCUUGUCAUUCAACGCGUUGCAUUCCAACGACAGGUUCUUGUUGAGCCCCCGCACGAGAACAUGACAGUUUUCAAGGGAAGCUUCAAAGUAGGCGAGAGGCCCAGCACGCCACUGAACUUGGACAACAUCAUCUUCCGCGGUUGCACGCUCCGCAACACGGACAGUGUGUUCGGCCUUGCGGUCUACACCGGCGGGGACACCAAGGCAAUGCUGAACAGUCGUGAGGCCCCCGCGAAGAUGCCCAAUAUGCAGCAUGUGUUGAACAAACUCCUCUACGGGCUGUUCCUUAUCCUCUUCAUCACAGUCGUCGCCUGCGCAAUCUGCGCCAUGGCCUGGGAAAGCAAGUACAAAGACUCCGGAGCGGACUACCUCCAGAUUAAAGACACCGACGGGAAGGGAGAAUUUGACACGUCCUUCUACGGAUUCGUUAUAAAGGUUCCACCUUUUCGUAACCGUAGACGUAAUUCAUUGCUGCAACUCAAGAACGAUUGGAUGGUCUCAUACUUUUGUUGGAGUAUGAGUAGGAUUAUAUUGUCGUGCUUCAAUGCAAAGACUAAGAAAUCAAUGUUGGCUCUGCAGGAAGAGGAUCCACGACCACUUGCACAAAGUCAACUUCGAAGAUUUCAUGUGUUUUUUCGAAUUACGAAAUCGAAAUCACGGUCUACUUCAGGUUGGCGUUUUCAUCGUGACGUUUUCGCACUUGAUUCCGAUGAGUUUGUACGUCGCGUUGGAGUAUCAAAUGUAAAAAUGUCUGGGUCUGGAAGAUUAGAACUUGUCAUGCUAAAUCUGAAUGAUGCAAAAAUCUGUGUUGCGUGAGUGCCAAAAGCUGUCCGCUUUUGACCAAGUUGAGAGGGAGUUUCUCAUGCAGGAAAGGCGUGAUAGAGACCUCAGAGAAUCUGUCAUGCUGGAUCUCGCAUUCGAGACCUCAUGCGUCAUGGAAAACCUGCAUCACAAAUCUUGCAUUCUUCCAGACCCAGACAUUUUUACAUUUGAUAUGGAGGUCACGAAGUUGAUUUUGGCCUAUUUCGUGACGACAGACGAGUCCAUGAAGCACGAGACGGGCGACGCGCUGUGCCGUAACUCGGACCUGAUGGAGGAACUCGGGCAGGUGGAGAUUGUGUUUUCAGACAAAACGGGCACGCUCACCUGCAACAAAAUGGAGUACGUGCGCGGAAGCGUAGAGGGGAAAGUGUACGGACCACCAACGAACCAGGCGCUGGAAGAGGCACGGAAAAGACUAGCCGCCGCGGAAGACGAGAACGCGGUUGUGGCUGGUGCAGGAGUUGCAAAACCAUCAGUUGUAUACGGAAUCGUCGGCGACGAAGAGCCCUACAAAGACAUUUUCGAAAAAGGUAUUUUCGUGUAUUGGGAUGCAACUAUACCUAAUUACGACGCGAUCCAGUUGAAAGCGUAGCGUAGGCUUGACAAGUACGAAGUGUAUUUGUGGUAAAUUAGGGUACCGUGCGUUUUCGAUCAUUUCUGAAAGAUCUUUUUUUUAAUAUUUUUAGAAUGGAAAAUGGAAUCACGAGCGGAUAGUGGCGAAGUGUAAUCGAUUUUUUCAGUUAAUUUUAUAAAUUGAGUAUACCGCCGUUAUUCAAAUGAAACACGAGCGUAUGCUGGGCCGCAAACGCGAAGUUUUUGUAGCUCUCACGCAAAGUCGUAAUUUUUAGCUUCCGAAAAUGAUUUUUCUUCAUGGUGCCGUGCGUUUUCUUUUAAAUUUUUGACUUUGCAGUCGAUGUUCAUCGGAUGUAUUACAACAUCAAACAGGAAACAAGGCGGCGCUCGACUAUUUCCUUCUACUUUCUGUUUGCCACGCCGUGGUGAUCGACCCAGAGAGCGGCAAGUACCAGGGCAGCAGCCCUGAUGAAGUUGCGCUUGUGCAGGGCGCCGCUGCGGCUGGCGUAAGGCUUACGAAGUCGCUAAACGGCGAACUGACCGUGGAACUUGCGGACGGCGCAAUACGGGAGUACAAGGUGCACGGGGUGCUGGAGUUUGACAGCGAUCGCAAGCGCAUGUCCGUGAUAGUAGAAAACAAAACCGAGCAGAAGAUAGAGAUCAUGACCAAAGGCGCGGACAUGACGGUACUACCUUUGUUGGAAUCCCGAAACAAGGCCGGCGACACCGUCGGAGCGUCGCGGCCCGGCGUGGAGAAGACACGCACGAACAUAAACAUAGAUCCGGUGACGCACGACCAGCUCGUGGCGUUUGCGAGCGAGGGUCUGCGAACCUUGGUGUGCGCGAAAAAGACCCUGAAGGACCUGCGGCCCGACGCCGAAGAAGCCGGCGGCUCCGCGUGGUACGACGGGUGGGCAGACCGGUUUCACAAGGCCAGCAUCGCGCUAGACAACAAGGAGAAGCUGAUAGCGGCUUGCGCGGCGGAAGUCGAAACAGAGCUGCAGUACGUAGGCAUCACGGCCGUGGAAGACAUGCUGCAGGAAGGGGUCCCGGAGGCCAUCGCAACGCUGCGUUCCGCACAGAUUCGUGUUUGGGUACUCACGGGCGACAAAGUGGAGACCGCUAUUGACAUAGGUUUCAGCUGUCGAUUGUUGGACAAAUCAAUGGUGAUCAAAAAGUUGACCGGGCUGGAUCAGGUACUCAGUACUGUUUCUUUUUUGGUGACUGUGUGAACAACAACACAGAGAGACGCUCAAGCGUUUGUCUUGGACGCGAACAGUAGAAAUCAAUCUUGGAGGCGAAGUCGACUCACGUAUUUCUUGCUCGCCGUGAAGAUGUAAUCACCAUGAAGAACUUGAACUACACGAUCGGCAUCGCAAAAUGUAUACGUAGAUAAGAAAUACUGUCGUGAGUACCGCUUUUUAGGUCAAAAAGAUCGAGGAAGCCCUGACGGAUGUGCUCCAAGUAUCCACCGCCGGAGCAAGCGUGGGCCUUGCACUUGACGGAGAUACGAUGACCGCGAUUACCGGGUCGGGCGAUGUCGCGCUCAUCAAGCUCUUUUUCCGGGUGGUCAUGGCGGCGAAAGCCGUGAUUUGCUGCCGAGUAGCACCCAAGCAGAAAGCCUUUGUCGUCAAGGUGAUCCGACAAAAUUUGCCAGAAGUUAUCACGCUGAGCAUCGGUAUCAAUUUAGCUCGUUGUAGCCGGCGCUUGGUUAGAUCCUGCUCUGAAAUAGUGUAGACGCCUGUAGUAUUGGAGUGCUUGUUAGUUGCAGUUCCCAUUCCCGCAUGUUCUUGUCUUUCUCUUUCUCACCGAAUCAGAAUCUUGCAUUAGCGUCCGCGUUUUUUGUGAACAGUUUUGUACAAGCUAUCGAAGACGUCGUUUAUUUCCCAUCAUGUCUUUUUUUUUCAAGGUGACGGCGCCAACGAUGUUGCGAUGAUUCAGGAAGCUCACGUCGGUGUGGGAAUCCGUGGCGUAGAAGGCACCCAAGCCGUGCAGGCAAGUGAUUUCGCCAUCUCACAGUUCCGCUUUCUAGAGCCACUGAUUCUCGACCACGGCAGGGGAGCGUAUCGACGAGUAGCGACAUUUAUGUGCUACUACUUCUACAAGGUACUUAUUUUUACCGUAGAGAUGUUGAUGGAGUUUUGAUCGGUGAUGUUGCAACUACAUGAGCUCUAUCGCAUGUUGUUCAAGAGCACGUUUUAUUUCCUGACUUGCAUGACAGCAUGCAGCAUCACGUAUUUAGUACACAAACAAAAAAAACCAAGUCACGUAUUUAGCACACAUGCAGCAUCACGUAUUUAGUACGUAUUUAGUUAGUUUAUACAACCCGACAAAAAUAUAAUUUCUAUUUGCUUUGCAGAACAUCGCUUUGACGAUGUGCGACGCGUAUUGGACGGCGUUUGCGGGUUACAGCGGGCAAGUCAUUUUUCCGACUUGGUUUUCCACCUGCUACAACGGCCUGUGGACGAGUUUUGCCUCCAUCUUCUCAUUUUCUUUCGACGGGGACGUGAGCGGUGCGGUUGCCCGGGCCAACCCGUAUUUGUACCAAGCCGGGCCGCACCGCGUGUUCUUCAACGCCCGUGUGUUCGGCCAGUGGGUGUUUCUCGCCAUGUACCACGGGUUUGUCUGCUUCGUCAUUCCCUUCUUUGGCUACGGCUCCACCGCCUACGACAGCACCGGUGUCGUCGGCGGAUUCUGGUGGUGCUCCGUGCUUAUGUUCAGCUGCAUGGUGAUUGUAGUCAACCUGAGACUGCUGGUUAUCACGACGAAAUGGAUCAAGCUUUCCCUCGGGAUCUUGAUCUUCAACCUCUUCUUCUACUUCGCGUGUUUGGCUUUCAUGACGCAGACGGAAUGGUUCGCGCAGAUUUUCCAGUGGAACGUAUACGACAUGAUGUCCGCGAUCUACGGGUCGGCUUCCGGGUGGAUAGUCACCUUCGGUGCGGUGAUGGUCUGUCUUUUGCCGGAUUUCCUCAUCGAGGGCGCAAACAUGCUCUUCUUCCCCACACCGCUGCACGUCCAGAUGUACCACGAGCGGAAGAAUCUCAGCUACAUCGAGCUGAAGCCGCAGAAACCCGGCACGCACCCGCUCCCGGACCCACUCGACCGGUCGGCAUUGCAGCCAGGGGGUGGUAGUCUAGCAGAGGAACGAAGUAGCACGGCGCGCCUUGGCGGCGGCCAAGCAACGCUCCUGAACUCGUCGCCUGGAGCAACGGGGAACGCAGUCGGGAUAGACGAAGACUCGAGCAGUUACAAAGGCGAUAAUGCGGCGGAUGCGUUCAAUAUAGAAACGGUGCCCACGCGCACAAGUACCUGAUGGGAACAAAAAACGGGUGGCGUGUUGUAGUAAAAGGACUUGUUCUACUUCAGCGAAAGACGUAUGAUUACGUCGGUGGAUUUCGGUUGGAUGGAUAAGUAGAUUCACUAGCUACCACCACUCAACAGCAGUCGUCCUCGCCCAUGGGCAAUCGUUGCGUGUUACGCAUAGUGACUUUCUGUAGCUGAUUGUUUAGCAUUAGCGCUAAUGCCCUUGUUCCAACAAGUACGCACAGGAGGAGAAGCACACCUCUUUUCUGCAAGCGCCGGCCGUAAUAGUUUUCUGGAAGUUCAUACCCCCCGACCCGGAUACACAGGGGACAGCCAGUACAAACACGCAGGGCAGCAGGCAUUCCGGAGUGCCUGACGAAAAUCUUGGCAGCGUCGCUUGAGAAGUUAGUAGGUCCGCAGGAGGUGAUAAGGCCACCAGGCCAGCAUAGGUCUGCAUGACUCAUGGCAGUUUUUGCAGCUCCCACAAUAGUUUUCACGCUAACAAGAAAUCAACCUUCAUCCACUUCUGACGCAAUAAAAUGCUCUGGAUUGACAUUCAGUAGAGAACACAGAUUAAAGUAAAAGUACAGUUGACCCUUCUAAGGAAGAAAGUAAAAGUUUAAUGAUUAGUGUUGACACCAUUCCAGGCUUGAUUGCUGGAAAAGCCGGAGAACAAUCAUAUGCGCAUAACUUUGUCUGUUUGAAAUACACAGCCCAUUCUCGUGCGCCAAUUGCAAAGGAAACAAAGACUGUAUGACCAUGAGAGCGACGAACACGAAAAUAAUAUCUUGAUGAUAAUCUUCUGUAAAAGACUACCGUAUUGUUCUUUCCCGCUUUCGACAAUUUCGCACAUGAAAAAUCCGCUAGAAAAGAGUUUGGUUAUUUUGAGUAGAUAGAAGCAGAAGUAGAAACCUCGCCGAGGUCGUCAUUAAUUUUCGUCGUUCUUUCGCUGUGAAUCGUUGUCGUUACUGCAGCUUUAUUUAGUACCAAACGCGUCGCCUCUUUCAUUUUUAUCGUGUGCGUUCUAGUGUUACAGCUGAAAAACAACUGAAAGUGCCAGGACUUACUUGCUGCUGAGUGGAUGCGGCUAAAAAAAAAUCCAUGUGAUGAAUUAUAGGGGCGCUUCAUGAGUUCGACGA